AUGCGUGUGGUCGUCUUGCUGUCUCCAGCCAAAACGCUCAACUGGGCAACAUCGCCAGCCUCUUUGUCGGGGUUAUGGAGCCAACCGAAGCUGCUCCAGGCGACAGAUCCUGUCGUCGAGGUCAUGCGAAGGAAGAAGAAGGCAGAUCUGAAGAAAUUGAUGUCAAUUAGCGACAACAUUGCCGACUUGAACAUGGAACGAUUCAAAAAGUUCCUGGGCUCGUCCGAGGUGGAAAAAAUGUCUACGGCAGUCGACCUGGUGGCAGAUGUCGCCCGUCCGGCGGCAUUGGCGUUCGACGGGCCGGCAUACCGCGGCAUGGACGCGGCAACGUUUACGGAGGAGGACUGGGCUUUUGGUGCGAGGUCGGUACGGCUGCUGUCCGGGCUAUAUGGUGUUCUGCGCCCGACGGACUUGAUUCAGCCCUAUCGCCUCGAAAUGGGAUCGAGGGUGGCGGUAGCGGGGAUGAAAGAUCUGUAUGAGUACUGGAAGGGAAAUAUUGCGCAAUGUAUCCUUGAAGGCAUCCAAGGGGAUGGCUCCGUCAAGAGUGGCACCGACGAGUUUCUGGUCGUCAACGUGGCGUCGCAGGAGUAUUCCAAAGCUGUGGACUUCGAGCAGCUCGAAAACGCAGGAGGAAAAGUCGUGACGUGCGUGUUCAAGGACGAUGGGCGAGUGCUCUCGGUGUUCGCGAAGCGAGCCAGAGGGCUGCUUGCUCGCCACGUCGUCGUCAACCGAGCCAAGGAUGUCGCCGACCUAGAGUCAUUCUCGGCCGAAGGCUAUCGCCUUGACCGAUCGCAAUGCGGCGAUGGCCUCCUUGUGUUUACCCGAAGCAAAGCCCAACGUGCUGCACCAACAAAGUCAGCGAUGGCAGCAAAGGCACAAGCUAAGCCGAAAGGAAAGGCGAAAGCUAUGGCAGAGGCGGCACCGGAAGCGAAGGUCCCAUCCACCGCAGCACGUGGAAAGAAGCGAGCAGCCGCUGGUGCUGGUGCUGGUGCCACGAAAAAGAAAGCAGCCACAGCUACGGGUGCUAGCACCACAAGCGGCAAGCGAGGAGCACCAUCCGCGGGAGGAAAACGUGGCUCCAAGUCCAAAUCCAAGAAGGCGUAACGCUCUAUGAAUCUGAAAAAUAACAAAGGUGACGUUGUGCGCGAGACUGUGGGAACGAGAUAAAGCUGAAAUGGCUGGCGUCAUACGAUUCUCGCGCCUUUGCAACGACUGCUGCAGAUAGUAGCUCAGCAGAGGAUAGCCAGCAGGAAGCAGCUAUCCUUCGCACUGUGUCAAAUCUAUCGGGCAGGUAGGUGUACAGGAGAACGGUAGGAGGAACCUCACUCGUACCGCUGUCUUCGAGUAUGGAACACCCUCGCGGCAUGUACUGCCAUCUUGCACCUCCGAAUACCGCCGUGCCCUAGCCCGGUACCUUAAUUUGUCCCGCCCCCGCCCGACCCCGUAGCCCCUCCCCAAGUCAUAGUAUGCAUGAGCAAAGGAGACCCUCACGAAAAGGCAAGAGAAUAAUGAAUUGCCAGUUUUGUCGAGUUUGUUGUGAAGACAGCAUGGUCGCAGAACCAGGAUAGUAAGUGGCACGCCACGAAAAGCCAAGGAAGAAGACUUGCAAAGCGCGAUCAAUUGUGCAACAUGGGAAGCUGUUUUUGGCAUUAAGAAACUAUUGGGCGACAUGGUGUACACCGGAGUGGAUAGAGAGGUCUGAGGAGACGAGUAGGGGAUCCCCCAGUCGGCCGGUGCCUCACAGCCCCCUCAUGCCCCACACCCGUGUGUGUUUAGCUUAGUCAAGGGGAGAGGACAUAUUUGCGGCGUGGUGAUGGCGGCUUGCCCCUUUCUCAUGGCCGCGGACCGUGCAACGCUGCGAGAGGUAGAGCUGACCAGGGGUCGAGGCCCAGACAGACGUGAACCCUGAGUGUUUCCCGCACAGAGCUUGCUACUUGAUGAGGGUUGCCAGCGUGUCAUGUUGAGGCCAGCUGUUAACGACCUUUGGGACCCUUCAGUCAUGUCGUCUUCGGAAGGAGUCUGAAUCAUUCGCGCCCACGUUGAGAGAGAGGGAGG